AUGCUUGCUCGCUCAGUACUCCGUCGCCAGGCUGUUGCCUUCAGUAAGAAUGCCUCUGCUGGAUUUUCUACAUCAAUUGCUCGCUGUGCUGGAAACCUCAGUGCUGUUCAGGACCAGCUCCUAAGAGCAACUUUAGCAGAUUCAGAUCCUGCUAUCUCAAGUAUUCUCGAGAAGGAGAAAAUUCGUCAAAGAGAUUUUAUCAACUUGAUCCCCUCAGAGAACUUUACCUCUCAAUCAGUUCUUGAGGCCCUCGGGUCUCCCAUGCAAAACAAAUACUCGGAGGGAUAUCCCGGUGCUAGGUACUACGGUGGAAACGAAUUUAUCGACGAGGCCGAAAGGCUAUGUCAGCAACGUGCUUUAGAAGCCUUCAAACUUAAUCCCGAGAAGUGGGGUGUCAAUGUUCAAGCGCUUUCUGGAGCCCCUGCAAAUCUCUAUGCGUACUCUGCUCUCCUUCGCCCUCAUGAACGUAUCAUGGGACUUGAUCUUCCUCAUGGUGGUCAUUUAUCACACGGAUACCAGACUCCUUCUAAAAAGAUCUCCAAAAUUUCUGAGUACUUUGAGACCCUUCCAUAUCGUCUUGAUCCGAAGACUGGUCUCAUCGACUACGAAAACCUUGAAAAACUUGCAGAGCUCUAUCGCCCAAAGAUCAUCAUUGCCGGUGCAUCGGCGUAUUCCCGUAUAAUAGACUACAAGAGGAUGAAAGCCAUAUCGACCAAAUAUGGUGCUUACCUUCUCUCAGAUAUGGCACACAUUUCUGGUCUCGUUGCAGCUGGUGUGACGGAUUCACCAUUCUUGGACUCGGAUAUUGUCACCACAACUAGUCAUAAAUCGCUGCGUGGUCCCAGAGGCGCAAUGAUAUUCUAUCGAAAAGGUGUCCGCUCAACCAAUAAGAAGGGUGAGCAAAUACUGUACGAUCUCGAAAAUCCCAUCAACGCGUCCGUUUUCCCUGGCCAUCAGGGAGGCCCCCACAACCACACGAUCACAGCACUUGCGGUGGCACUGAAGCAAGCUACUACUCCCGAGUUUGUGGCCUAUCAAAAGCAGGUUCUUAAGAAUGCAAAAGCACUGAGCAACAAGCUUCAAGCGGAUGGCUACGAAGUUGUCUCUGGUGGUACUGACAAUCAUCUCGUUCUUGUCGACCUAAAGCCAAAGGGUAUUGAUGGGGCUCGUGUUGAACGUAUUCUUGAACUCGUCAACGUUGCUGCCAACAAGAACACUGUUCCUGGUGAUAUUUCAGCGCUCAAACCUGGUGGUCUGAGAUUAGGGUCACCAGCAAUGACAACCAGAGGCUUUGGCGAGGAAGACUUCGAAAAGGUUGCGGUGAUUGUAGAUCAGGCGGUGAAGAUUGCGAAGAAGAUUGAUGAGGGAGUAGGUGGGAAAAAGUUGCUUAAGGAUUUCUUUAAGGUUGUUGGAGAUGGAAGUGCGGUUGGGGAAGUGCAAGAUCUCAAAAAAGAAGUUAAGGAAUGGGUUGGUAGCUUUCCGCUUCCAUGGAACACCUAG